UUUAUGCUCACUUCACAGUAGUUCAUGCACGGAGCAUUACACGCCAGUUUUCGAUAAAAGAUAAUAAAUUCAAUAUACCUACGCCUAUUUUGUGGUGUGGAUUUAACCAGUUUCAUUUCGAACUAAUCAGGUACUGUAUUGUUCAAAACGAAGCUUAUCGUGCUGUAUCAUCGAUAGUGUUGAGGACUUAUCGAAAAUUGUUAUCAAUACGUGCGUUUAGCUCCAAUCUGCAAAAAUUGUGUUUUGAAGUGCUCCGUUCCUAAUCAAACUACUACAAUGUUUCUCGUUGCUUUGACCGGAGGAAUUGCCACAGGAAAAAGUACUGUGUCGAAGGUUUUCCGAGAGAAUGGAGUUCCUGUCAUCGACGCGGAUGCAAUUGCAAGGCUUGUGGUCGAACCGGGAAAGCCGGCGUGGCACAAGAUCAAGGCUGCAUUUGGGGACGGUGUCUUUCAUCCAGACAGCGGUGAGCUGAACCGUGAUGCGUUGGGAAAACUCAUCUUCGAUAGCGUGGAGAAGCGGAGGAUACUGAAUGAAAUCACUCAUCCCGCAAUUCAUAGGAUCAUUUACAAGGAAGUUGUUAAAUUUUUCUUCCUUGGGCAUAACUUUAUUGUGCUCGAUCUACCUCUGCUGUUCGAGACUGGUGUGAUGCUGAAUAUAAUGCAUAAAAUCAUAACCGUUACAUGUGAGGAAGAUAUCCAACUAACGAGACUCAUGGAUCGGAACCAUUUAUCGGAAGCUGAUGCUAAAAAGCGUAUCAAGCAGCAAAUGCCAUUGGAGCAGAAAUGUAGCCAGUCUCAUUUCGUUGUAGAAAACUCAGGGACACUUCAGGACACUGAGGAACAAGCCAUGAAAAUAUUUAACAUCCUUCAGGACAGCAAUCAGCAUUGGAAGAUUCGGGGUGUCAUAUUUGCUACGGCUGCAAUCCUAUUUUCCAGUAUAGCGUGGAUCUUAAACUAUAAGUAUAAAUUCAUUUCUAGCAAUUAAUAUUCGAGGAUCAUAUUGGGUUUGGGAGUUUAUUUAAGUGCGGUCGAAAAGUGGUAUCAACAGACAUUUUAGAUCUAGUAGAGCUUAUAAUUCCCUACGUUAACAAUUAUUUUCAACCUUUCUGAUGCUUUCAGAGGGGAGUUUCUAGUGUCAUGUGCAUUUUAUUUACUUCAGUGUGUACAGUGGAAUUCUUUACGAACGGAAAACAAUCUAACUGUGGAAUCAUG